GAGCAGCUCCCACAUGUUUCCUGCCUCGCGCUGUUUGUUUCUGUUGCACCAGCUGAACGCUAACAGAGAUUUCUCACUCUUCAACUCGGCGACAUGAGUCCGCGGUGUGACUGCUGCUGUGAGCACAUUCAGAAACUGAACCAGCAGGUUUCUGUGAUGCGAAAAGAAAUCAAGAAUCUGAGGCAGAUGCUGGACAGUGCAGUCAGAGCUCAUCGCAAACAGAUGACAUCUGUUCAGGCUGCUGUGUCAAAGAUGGGAUUGAGUGAAGAUAAGAGAGACCAAACACCUUCAUCACCUUCAUCAUCUUCACCACAGGCUGCAUUAGAGCAAGGAAACAUCCAGACGGUCCCUAUUGGUUACAUCAGUUCCUGUUUUUCUGUGAAGAACGGGACCCCCAGACAGCCCACUAUAUGUGGCCCCUCGAGGGCAGAACUGCGAAUCCAGCAGAGCGUCUUCAACAACCCGGAUCACGCUUUGGUGGGCCUCGAGCAAUACUCCCACGUCUGGAUCAUUUUUCUGUUUCACAAAAACGGCCACCUCAGUUACAAAGCCAAAGUGAAGCCUCCUCGACUGAACGGUCAGAGAGUUGGUGUUUACUCCACACGCAGCCCGCACCGACCGAAUGCCCUGGGCCUAACACUGGCCAAGCUUGACAAAAUUGAAGGUGAUACAAUACAUCUGUCAGACAUUGACAUGAUUGCUGGCACCCCAGUGCUGGACAUCAAACCCUACAUCCCAGAGUAUGACUCCCCCGACACCAGGAUGAGCAUGGACUCAGAGCCUCAUGGUUCAAACACAGACCAACCAAACUCAGCUUCUGCUUUGCUCAAUGAGGAGACAAACGUGAUCAUAAAAGAUGAAAGAACAGAGGAGGGUGUGGAGAGUGUCCUCUCAGAAGACAAGUUUGAAACUGAUCAUUCAUCGAGUGGGAAUGCUCCCUUUUCUCUGCCCAACGACCUUCGCAGUGUGCUGGAGGAGGUCAAAACCUUUGUGACCCAAGACAACAUUUACCAAGUAAGUUGUGAGAGCGGCUAUCAAGUUUCAGACCCUCCUAAAACCGGCCCAGAGCGCCCCUGCUAUGGAGAGGAAGCUUACACUACCAUUGCUGGCUGGAUCAGAGAGGCUCCUGUUGCCAGUCUGGAUGUGCGUUUCACUCCUCAUGCUGAGAGGCAGCUCGCAGAAUUCCUUCCUACACACCUGUCAGGACCCUCUGAGAGUGACAGACCCAGGUUUAAGUUCCUGCGCAGCCCAGAGGAGGCGGCUGCUGCCAUCAGAGGGGUUCUGUCAGCGGACCCCCGCUCCGUCUACAGGAGGACCCGCUGCGGAGACAGACUCUUCUUCUUCACCCUCGACACGGCUGACAUCACCUGCUGGUUUGGACAAGGCUUUGCUGAGGUACUGCAGGUCAGACCUGUUGAGCGUCACAUUGCCUCCGUGUGAGAAGCUCUUUCAGUGAAGGCUUUGGAGCUGCAGAGUGUCACUGUUCUGUGGGUAGAGAAACAAAAAACAGCCUGUCAAAGGUUCCUCACCUUCAUAUCGUCACAUAAUUUCUCUUCUGACACACUUGUAUUUCAGAUGUAAGACUGGUCAAUUAGAUAUUCUUAAAAUCAUACGGAUGAAAGACACAAAGAAGUGAGUUUUUGUAUAAGUUAAUAAAAAAAAAAAAUUUUGAAAAAAAAAA